GUGCGACGUAAGAGGUUGCGGCAAUCAUGGCGGGAGGAGGAGGAGGAGCCGCCGCGGCCGUCGCCGCCGCCGCUGCCUGACCGAGGGGCAGUCUCAUCCAUUGAUUGUUUUGAGGUGUUCUUCACACGCACGCCGCCCCCCCCCUCCCUCUCCCCUCCCCACCUUCCUCCUCUCCUCGCAUUUAUUGUUCACCCACCCCUCCCCACACCUCCUCCGUGGGAGAUGAAACAGGGACGGCAGAAAAGUCCGCGUCGCUUGUAAAGUGAGGGGUUUGGGGGGGAAGACCGAGGGGGCCACUCACCCCCCGGGAAGACGGCGGCGGUGAUGUCGAGCCGUGUCACAGGUUAAAUGGAACCUGCCUUUGGAACCCUGAAGAUCCAGGCUGACUUAUGCACUGCAUAGCAGCUAUUCCAAAAGGGACCACAGACAUGAGCGGGGGAGGCGAGCAGCCUGACAUAUUGUCAGUUGGUUUCUUAGUAAAGGAACGGUGGAAAGUGUUGAAAAAGAUUGGAGGUGGAGGCUUUGGUGAAAUCUAUGAAGCUGUAGACUUUUUGACCCAGGAAAAUGUUGCUCUCAAGGUGGAAUCAGCCCAGCAACCAAAACAGGUUCUCAAAAUGGAAGUUGCUGUUUUGAAGAAGCUGCAAGGGAAGGAUCAUGUUUGUAGAUUUAUUGGCUGUGGAAGAAAUGACCAAUUUAAUUAUGUUGUAAUGCAGCUGCAGGGUCGAAAUCUUGCAGAUCUACGUCGCAGCCAGUCAAGAGGUACCUUUAGCAUCAGCACUAUUCUACGACUGGGAAAACAAAUUCUUGAAGCAAUAGAAAGUAUUCACACUGUGGGCUUUCUUCACAGGGACAUCAAACCUUCAAACUUUGCAAUGGGCCGCUUUCCAAGCACCUGCAGAAAGUGUUUCAUGCUGGACUUUGGUUUGGCACGACAGUUCACAAAUUCCUGUGGAGACGUUAGACCUCCUCGGGUGGUGGCAGGGUUCAGAGGCACGGUGCGCUAUGCAUCAAUCAAUGCACAUAAAAACAGGGAAAUGGGCCGACAUGAUGACCUCUGGUCCUUAUUUUAUAUGUUGGUGGAGUUUGUCGUGGGGCAGCUACCAUGGAGGAAGAUAAAAGAUAAGGAACAAGUAGGUCUAAUAAAAGAAAAAUAUGAUCACCGUCUUAUGUUGAAGCACCUCCCGCAAGAGUUUUCGGUAUUUCUGGAACAUGUUCUUUGCUUAGAUUAUUUCACAAAACCAGAUUAUCAGUUGUUGAUGUCCGUGUUUGACAGCAGCAUUAAAGCACAUGGGGUUGUUGACAGUGACCCUUUCGACUGGGAGAAAACUGGGAUGGAUGGAUCUUUCACCAUGAUAACCACCUCAACUACUCCUCAGCUACAUACACGGCAGACACCUGCUGCUCUUGGAAUUGCUAAUGCUUCACUGGUGCCAGGCGAUCAGAUGAAAGAAAACACUGAUGAGGUAUUACAAGAUGAGCAACUCAGCGAUGGUGAGAAUGCUCUUCCAGGCAUUAUUUGUCCUGAAAGGAUGGCAGAAAUGCAAGGAUCUCAAAACCCACAAGUUCCUCAUGUUGGAGAGAAGGAUGUUUGGGAAGAAAUGGACAUUAACAGGAACAAAAUGAAGAUCUCUGGCUGUAAGGGAGUCACAGAGGAAGAGAGCAGUCGUGGUGCUGGAAAUGUGCCUCAAAAUGGACCAAGUUUGGGAUCUCCUGUGAAAGUACGCUCUGAGACUUUGCAACCAGAUCGGGAUAUGCCAUUGCUAAGAAAGUUGAGAUCAAUUCACAGCUUUGAGUUUGAAAAACGUCUCACGUUGGAGCCAAAGCCCAGCACUGAUAAAUUCUUAGAAGCUUGUUCUACAAAGGUCAAGGAAGACUUACUUAAGGAUGUUCCUGCUUCCCAGCAUCGCAAGACCUCUGCUGCAGCUCGCGCUGACAGGGUAUGGCACUUUGAUGAAGAAUACAUUCCGGACAGUACAAAACCAGUCUCUUUGGAGUCUCCUGAGCAUGGUGAUGGUGUUGUUAGCAAUGGUUUUGUAGCACUCAAUUUAAGCUCCUGCAGGCAGGAGGUUGACUCCAAAGAGUGGGUCAUUGUGGAUAAAGAACGUGACCUCCAGGAUUUCAGGACCGACAGACGGCAGAGCCAGAAAUUAACCAGUCCAACUGGACGGACAGAUGAUGAGGAACCAGAGGUCCUUGCAGUAGAUUCCCCUCAGGCUGAAGGAUUAAUGUUGGUCGAAGCUAUUUCGAGCAAAAGCAUGGGAUGUCCAAAGUCACCAGAAGCAAGGAAAGACCAGCUGAACACAACUCAUUUGCCACAUCCCAACACUCCAAGGAUGCAGAAUCCCCUCCGAUCCCCGAGCCCUGUAGUAUUGUUACCCUCUGAUUCGGAUCCACUUCACAGGAAGCAGUCAGAUUUGCACAGGAGCCAGUCAGCUGAGAACAAAUCACGCUCCCCUGGUCGUAGGCAGCUACCCUUCAUUCCAGGCAACACCAAGCUGCCUUCUAUCAUCCGCAUCUCCAAAGCUCAGCUCCAACAGAUAACGGCGUCUAAACCUGCAGUAACAUCGACUCAUGGUGCCUCUGUGGUUACAGAGUGCAAUGAGAAGAGAGAAAAUGAUCAGCAUGCAGUAGAAAACAACAUUGAUCAAAAGCAGCCAGCCCAUUUUCCAGAAGAGAAAUCGAGGCCAACUGCUGCAGUGCAUGGCCCUUUGUGUAAUGGUACAUUCAGUGUUGGCCUUAAACUAGAACUGGACAUAGGCCCAUUGCAAAGGGAAAAAGCCAUCAGGACCAGUAUAAUAGAAAGCAGUAACCAAGGUGAGGUGAUUGCAAAAACUAGUGUUCAUUCCGAGCACAACAGAGAUGACUCUCUCAAUUCACCUCAUGAGGUUGAAUGUAAAGAUGGCCAAAUGGUUUCUGGGGAUGGAAGGAGUCAGCCUGAUGAAGGACAAUACUCUUUGGGUGAAAGUGAACUCCUGAAGAAGCAAAUGAGUGAUGAAUGCUUGACAUCAGCACAACUAAGGAGCUUGAGCUCUAUACAAAAACAUGCAGAGAUUAAAUCACCUGGUCCUUGCUUAACAGAUAUUAUAGCCAGCCCAGCCACAACUGGUGAAGUCUUUUCAACGAGAGAGGACGAUGCUCUCUCCAAGUCAGUGGAGUGUACAAAAUUUGUAAUGGAUAUGCCGAAAGAUAAACUGCAUGACAUAGAAGAAAAUGUUUUUUUUAAAUACAUUGAAGGUGAGACGGAUAAAGAACAGCCUGCUUCUAGCAUUUCAUAUGAACGUGUAAAGGAAUUGCUUCAUGCUGCAGUAUCAGAGCAGGAAAACUAUGCCAAUUAUGCUGGAAAUGAUGGAUGUGAAAUGGGCUACAUUUCUGAAAUGAUGCAGAGAAAGAUUCAGGAACAGAGCAACAUUUCAGAGCUAAGUGGAUUCAGAAAUGGAGAUUUGAUUCAAAUCUUGACAGUCGAUGACGAUUCACUCCAUUCCAAGAAGGUUGAAGGCAAAUCAUCACUUUUGCGACAAAGUCGAAUCCCAGUCCUGGCAUCUGAUGCAGAAAUUAUUACUGAGUCAUCGGCUCCUGUCUCAGCUAAAGAGAAACUACUUCAAAAGAAGGCUUACCAAACUGACUUGACUAGACAGUUGGCUGAAAAGAGACAACACACACUCAGAACGUCCUUCCUGGGUGAUCUUUCAUCUAAUUCUGAAAAAUCCCCAGAAGAGAAAAUAUCUAUCCCAUCAAUGACUUUCUCAGAUGAUGGAACUCCUUCUGGAUCUCCAGUGAAAGCUGGAACGGAACAACAAUCAGGCAAACAGACUGACGACGACUCUCUUCUGACCAGUCUUCAAUCCCGGAGAAGCAAAAUCCCAAGACCAGUUUCAUUGACCAAUCCUGAACAGGUCCCCAUUGCAGCCUCAACCCAAUUAGUCCCAAGGCCACCUCCUGGCAAGCCACCAACUCGACACAGUGUGGAGGUCCGAUUACGCCGAUACAGAGUUGUUGGAAGCGGUAGCUCUGAUUCUGAUCUCCUAACCCAUCUGGCUCAAAUCCUUCAAAAUGGAUCCCAAAAGACCAGAAGCUCACCACAGUCCAAAAGCCCACAGUCCCCACGCAGUCCUAAAACUCCACCCAAAAGCCCGGUGAUUCCACGACGAAGUCCCAGCGCUUCACCACGAAGCUCCUCGCUGCCACGCACUGCCAGCUCUUCCCCUUCACGCGGCCGUCCCUACACGGACCAGAGAAGCUCAUCGCCACAUUUUGCCAGAAGUCGCUCUCCUCCCAGUUACUCUGGGUCCUCGCCCUCCCGGAGAAGCUUCUUGCAGGAGCAUGGUUGUGGUAAACAGGGCAAAAAUAGCUUGAAGGGGCCUGGGAGCCCUCACCACUUGUGUCAAAGCAAAUCCACAAAGGGAAAGUGCUCCGGCAGAGAUGGUAAAAUGUCCAGUAAACUCAGCAGAUAAUAAUUUCUACCAGGAACACUCCAUUAGUUCUCCUUUUCCUCCAUCCUCAGACACUCUCUUCCCACCCCCCCCCCCCUCCAAAGGUCCCCAGGUGUAAUCUUUAUCCAACUCCAAGCUCUCUCCCUGUCCCUCUCCCUCCAAUCCUCUCUCCCCCACAUCUUUCUUUCUCUCCACAUCUUUCUCCCUCCCCACAUCGCUUUCUCUCUCCCCACGUCGCUUGCCCUCUCCCCAGCUGCUCCCUCCCCGCUGCGUCCUCUCUCUCCCCGCUGCGUUCUU